AGUAGAAGACUGUCUUGUGUCUCUUAGUAUGGUGGGCAGAUUUAAAAAGUGUCAGCCAUUCUCAGGUUUCCUUCAUGGAAUUUUCCUGUUGCUUACCUUAUCUGCAAAUUGCAAUAGUGAUAUCCUUCAUCAGACCAAAGCAAUGCUACGUGAAAUGCAACAAGAAGCAGAAGAGCUUUUUAAUGAAUCUUUCACAGAACAUGACAUUCCUGAGGAUGACUGUAGAAGACCCUACCCAAACACUACUGACUCACAUAAAAAAAGUGUAAUUCACAGAAUAAAUGAAAGUCUACUUUAUUUCAGCAAAGCCUUUGAUGUGCUGUUGGGCAGACAUGAAGUGUCUGAAUACGAGCAUACAGUGAUUCUAACUAAAGAAAGGAUGAAAAUUAAAGGACUCCGCUCAAAUCUGUUAACACUUUUAAAGCAAUAUAAUGAUUCACUGGAGAACAUGCUUGAUCCACAUAUGUGUAAAAUGCUGAAGACUAAAUUUCGCCUACCUAACAGUGAAGACAUUUAUGGACAGAAGUUAGAAUGCUGUCAGCUGAUAAAUGUUUACAUUGAUUUCCUGAAAGUUAUCCAUAAAAUAGUUUUGAAACUUCCAUCUAGACGAUUAAGACAUUUUUUCACCAAUUAUAUGUUAAUCUAAGUCUUCUACGUUGACCAUCUACUUGUAUUCCAUGGAAUGACAAAAAGAUGAACCACCAACCAACAAAAUUUCCACUAACUUUUGCAAAAAUAUGAGGUUGGCAUCAUUCCAGACCACCAGUCUUGUAACAUCCUUUUUUACCAGCAUAUUCAUCAAGCACUCAAUUCUCUUAAAAUGUUUGAGAAAUAUACAUUUGCACAGUCUAUGAAGAUUGCAACAACAUAAUUUUGUGCAAUAUGCCAUAAAAAUUGUUACACCUGCAGUCACGCAUCAAAAAAGAAGAAAGCUGAAACCGCCCAAAACUAAAGUUUCAUACUUUAGAUUUUCUAUGAGCCUAUAUACUUCUCACUCUGCUGUGCUAGAGAAACUGCGAACACUAAUCCGGGAAAUUAAUAUUAAAGUAAACUGGACAUUGUCAUUCUGCAAGAUUUUUAUUUUUACAUGUUUCUGAAACAGUCUUGUACAAAUCCUUUACAGAACACAGAGUUUAAUCUCCUGCUGAUGUUCCAUUUUUGGCUGGGGAACUGCUUAGGGGGUGGGACAUAGGAGGCAAUAGUAGUGAUCUACUGAAGACAGAGA